UUCUAUUUCUCUUCUCUCUCAGCAAGUCAUAAAAUUGAUAAGUUAUAGAAAAAGUUUUUUACUGACUCUGUAAUCAGUCCUGUUGAUAUGUAGUCUUUAAUUUCUUCACUACAUGAAGGGUGUAUUUUCCUGCUAGGCCUAUAAAACAUAUUCAACAAUUUUCAAAGGACAAAGUUCCAAAAUCGCUCAUUGAGCCAAAGAACUGAUGAUUUGAUGUUAUAAGGUGAGUUUCAUUCCAUUCAAUAUACAAAGUAUAUAUUGACUAUUUGGAAUCCUAUUAAAAAACAAUGAAGACACUUGAUGAAUAUCUGUACUGUGUUUAUAGCUCCUCUCUUGAUUUGAAAAUUCAGAUAAAAAUUGGUUCUCUGAAAGGAGUUCAUCCGGUGCCAGAAUAUAACCAAAUACUUGCAGAUCCAAUGAUAAAAUUUUCAGGACUUCAUGAGAAAUCGAGUGCAGAUCUGAUGGUAGAAUGUCAGGUGUUUUCUGGUGGGAGGCCCAUUUCACUCCCUGUGUACACGGCUCAUAAAGCCCCCUCUCCUCCAUUCUCAACUCGCUGUGAUUGGAUCACCCUUCCUCUCAAGUACAGUGACCUCCCUCGUGAUGCUCUACUAGCCAUCACACUGUACGACUGUGUGGGAGCUGCGUCUCUCAAGCCUGUCGGGGGAACAACUAUAUCAUUCUUCAGCAAGCAUGGAGUGUUCCGUCAGGGAAUGAUCGACUUGAGAGUGUGGCCAGACUGUGUGGCUGAUGGCAGUCCACAAAGCUCCACUCCUGGUAAAGCUUGCCACGACGGUAAAAAACAGAUUAUAAAAUUAGCUAAACUAGCAAAGAAACAUCGAGACGGUCACUUGCCUGAAGUUGAUUGGUUGGAUAGGCUAGCCUUUUGUAAAAUAGAACAUUUCAAAGAGCUGGAGAAAAGAAGUUCUGAUUACUUGUACCUGAUGGUCGAGUUUCCUGAAUUCACCUAUCACGGAACUAAAUACUCUGUGAUAUUUUAUGAGCAGGAUGGGGACGAGUUGUACCAGUUUAGAGACCAUCCCGAUAUUGUUCUUGUGCCAGAUUCUGAAGUAUUGCAGGAGAAUCUGGUAGAGAACAAACAUCACAAUCUGACCCGUAGUUUACAUAGAGGAAUAUCUGAUAAAGAUGCAAAACCUAAUGCAAUAAUUAGAGACAAACUGAAUGCAAUUGUUGCUUACCCACCAACAAAGCAACUGACUACAGAAGAACAGGAUUACAUUUGGAAGUAUCGAUUUUAUUUGAGCACUCAGAAGCAAGCCUUAGCAAAAUUCUUGUAUUGUGUGAACUGGGAAUUGACUGUAGAGGCUCGUCAAGCAGUAGAUAUGCUUCAGCAGUGGGCUCCGAUGGCCGUGGAAGAUUCUCUACAAUUGUUGAGUCCAGCUUUCAAUCACCCUGCAGUACGAAGAUACGCCAUCUCUAGGCUGCAACAGGCGUCAGAUGAUGAUUUACUGCUAUAUCUACUCCAGCUAGUCCAAGCUCUCAAGUAUGAAGACUUUUAUGAAAUUAAUGAAGCCUAUAAAAAAAUGCAGAUUAAAGAUUCUUAUUCGAGUGACGGUGAACAAAAGGAAAUGUCCGUUUCUUGCAUGAGCAAAUCUCAUGAUUCCCUCAAUAGCAAGAGCAACUCUGAUCUGGAAAGUGAAGAUAAGAAUCUUGCUACAUUUUUAAUACAAAGAGCCUGCCACAACUGUACGUUAGCCAAUUACUUUUAUUGGUACCUGAUUACAGAGUGCGAAGAUCAAGAGGUGACUGUAGAACAAGAAACCAAAGUGAGAGAAAUGUAUCUUACAGUGAUGCGUAUGUUUCAAGAAACAUUGCAAAAUGGGCCUUUAGAAUGGCAGAAGCAGCAGCAAGUACUGCAGAAACAGGUAUUGCUGGUAGACGAACUAGUCAAAUUGGUAAAGAGCGUGCAACGAGAAAACACCAACCGGAAAAAGAAAAUUGAACAACUACAAAUGCUGUUAGCUGACAGCGAAGCAUUUAAAAUUAAUUUAGCUGAUUUUGAUCCAAUGCCUUUCCCGUUAGAUCCUCGCGUUUGUAUUCGUGGUAUAGUUCCAAAUAAUGCUAUCCUGUUUAAAUCUGCAUUGAUGCCAUUGAGGCUGACCUUCAAAACGACAGAAGGAUCUGAAUAUGUUGCGCUCUUUAAGCACGGGGAUGACUUGCGCCAAGACCAGUUCGUCUUGCAAAUAAUAACCUUAAUGGAUAAACUGCUGCGUUCAGAGAAUUUAGACUUGAGGCUCACACCUUACAGAGUAUUAGCUACUGGAACAAAACACGGAUUUGUUCAGUUCAUAAAUUCUUUGACAAUUGCAGAAGUGUUGACGUCAGAAGGAAGCAUUCAGAGUUUUCUGCGAAAGAGACAUCCUAGUGAAAACAGUCCGUAUGGCAUCGCUCCAGAUAUAAUGGACACUUACAUCCGCAGCUGUGCCGGCUACUGCGUCAUAACAUACAUCCUGGGAGUAGGUGACAGACAUCUGGACAACCUCCUUCUGACCACCACAGGGAAACUGUUCCAUAUAGACUUUGGCUAUAUCUUGGGGCGCGAUCCGAAACCUUUCCCUCCUCCCAUGAAAUUGAGCAAGGAAAUGGUGGAGGCGAUGGGUGGAACAGAUUCAGAAUAUUACCACGAGUUCCGUAAGCUCUGCUACACUGCGUACCUGCACUUACGGAGAAACGCCAACGUGAUACUCAACUUGUUCUCGCUGAUGGUGAAUGCCAAUGUUCCAGACAUAGCCCUAGAACCUGACAAGGCUCUCAAGAAAGUUCAAGACAAGCUGAGGCUGGACUUGGGAGAUGAAGAAGCUGUCCAAUACUUCAAACACUUGCUGGACAUAUCAGUAACUGCUGUCAUGGCCAUUCUAGUAGAUCAGCUGCAUAAGUUUGCACAGUACUGGAGGAACUAAUGUUCAAUUUUUCUAACUGAUUCUAAACUUAAAAUUCUAAUGAUAUAUAUCCAUACAAAUUCAUGUAAAAAAUGUGUAGGAAUAUUGUAAAUAGCAUAUCUGUUAAUUUAUUUUGUUAAUACUCACCUAAGUAAGUUGCCUCAAUAGUAGUGAUUAAGUUAAUUGAUAAUUGAGUGAUUAUUUUUUCAUUUACAUUUCUAGAAAUCAGUCUACAGCACGAAUACUAGAAGAGACACAGUAUGGAUCAUAAACAUUAACAAAUUACUAGAGAACCCGUGCGGCUCAAUGAGCCGCAUAGUACGAAACAUAACACCGAGGAGAGCAUUAUGCUUAAAUUCAAGUAUUUUUAGUUACAUCUUAGAGUUGUUUGAAAACUUGUUAGAAAAUUAUUUUGAAUAACUCUAUUUGCGUCGUCAAUGUUCACCUACAUUCUUUCUGCUCUCAGUUUUUACUCAUAACUUUUAAUGUAAGCUAAACGUUCUGCUUCAAUUUGAGUUAACAUGUUGCAACAAUGUUUUUCCAGCAUUAAGAAUUGAUGAAAACGGUUGCCUUACUGAUAACCCGUGUUAAGUAAUUUAGUUGGGGUUUUUUAGUUUGUUAAUUUUAUUUGAGACAUCCUCCUAAACCAACGGUUUUUUCGUAUAGAAUCUCGAAAAGUCUCCGGAUUACCAACUGGACAGCCAUAAUCUGCUUUGAAAGCAGCAACACCAUUGAAAGUUGGCUCAGUCUCAGUAUAUGCCUCGCAUCAGAACUGUCUUACGUUGUUCAGUGGAGUUUCUGGGGUUCUCUUAAUACCUGUCCCAAAGUUUUGAAAGUAUGGAUUCGUUUGUCUAAAUAGGUUAGUUAGCUCUUGUAGCUAUAAGACUUGGAUAGCAAUUGCAACUUUCUCUUUUUGAACAGCGUAUAUUAUUUGCCUUAGAAUCAUAAAAAUAAACUUGAUUGUCCCUACUCGAUCGUUGAAUACAUAAACACUAAUUCCUUCACUUAUGUUUGGUCUAAUAUUGCCACUAAAGCUUUCAAUAGCAACUUCUUAUUUUUGACUUGAAAUGUCUGGAUUGUGUUGGUGAAUUUUCUACCUCUCUUUUUCUACUCUCCUCAUACGCAUAAGAUAUCUCAUUAUUAAUUGUCUCAUCCUCCCGUUUUCAAUAUUUCUUAUUUGAACUUGAGGCGUUUUCUGUUCUUCCAACAAAACUGAUUAACUGUUUAACUUGUAUUGCAAACAUUAAUAUUUACUCCCAAAAAGCUAAUGAGUUUCUUUUUAUAAACAGCUGUUUUUGUUUUUAAAUUUGUUCUAUGUAUUUCUUAUGGGGAAAACCCGACCUUUGAGAGGGUCUCACGCCCUUAAGAGUUGGCAUUUAAAAAUUCUAAAACCUUAUUGCAAAACUGCAUAUUGAGACGAAUUUUUUGACACCUUAAACGUUAAAAUUGGUCCGCAAAUAAGGGAGGAGUUGCGUUAACAAAAAACGGCUUCACGUAUUAUAUAUAUAGAUGUUACUUGCCAGAAAGUUAUCAUUAUUCAACACUAGUUGGCCCGACAGACGUCGUCCUGUCCUAAUAUGGUUUUAUGUCAAUGCUCGUUCAUUUUCAAGAUGAGCUCAUUUGCAUGGCUCAAUCACAUCCUGGUGAAGCUCGUUUGCUACGCUUACUCACCUUUAGGUUGGAGCAAUGCUAUUGAACAUCACAGAAUCAAAUUGUUUAGUUGAACCAGCUGUUAAGAUUCUUUAAUUCCAUUUAAAUGUGAGAGUACUCAUAAGGUUAACAUGGGAAACUCCAGAACCACUGGGGCGGAGCCCUUUUGACGGAUCUGCACCAAACUUCACACAAACCACCAUUGAAUAAUGCUUAAUAAUGCCUGAAAGUUUCAUUACAAUCUGUCAAGCGGUUUCGGAGUUCAUAAAGGACAAACAUACAUUGGAUUUUAUAUAUAUAGAUUGCUUAACAUUGCUUAACUGUCUAAACCAUAUGUUAAUAGUAGUAUAGGUUUCGGACCAGUUACGUUAUUUUUUUAUGCUUAUGAUCCAUAGUUACCAGCUUCUGUUCUCAUUUUGUAAUCUAAAAAUUUUUUAUAACCUUAUUUUUUACAGUAUUUUAUAAUUUAAUCAGUUUUAAAAUGAAACAAAACGUUGUCCUUGUUUUCAGACAUGAUUUGAGGUAUCUUUCCGUUGUUAAUACUAAAUACUUCCCUACUAGUCGUGAUUUAUUGUGUUGCCAAAAAUAAAUAUUGGAGUAGGAAAUAUCAAUUUGAAUUUUUUACGCAAAGUUAACAUUAAUUUUUCAUAUGAAUAUUAUAUUAGGAGCUGUGGUGUUAUUUCCUGUAAAAUAUCACUCUCCUAAGCUAACAAAUAGUCUCGCAAAUAACUGUAGAUUGAGACGUUCUAUUCCAAAACUCAUUUAUCAAAAAAGUUUUUGAUUUUGAGAUGUUGGCAUCAUUAAUUUGGAGUAUUAAUGGAUUUGUUGACUUUUAACAUUAAACGUUUUCAAAACUCACUUUUUCCAUUUCUAAUUAAAUGUAGAAAGUCAGGUUUCCAAAACUAACUUAUUUUAAGGUCCUUGUUGUUCCAUAAUUCACUCAUUACAACCUGCCUAUCAAAAUGCUUUAUCUUCAUCACAUUUACCUGAAAUUGCUGCUUUCCAAAACUCUCUCUUUCCAUCUGGCCAAUAAAGUUGCUUCAAAUUGCCAUGUGACUCUACUACUGCCAAAGAAUGACAUGCUAAAACUCACUCAAUACAAUGGUAUCAUGCUAAAACUCACUCUUUACAGGCGUGUCAUGACAAAACUCACUCAGUACAAUGGUAUCAUGCUAAAACUCACUCUUUACAGGCAUGCCAUGACAAAACUCACUCCUUACAGAUUUUUAAGCUCAAUUUCAGGCAAACAGCUUGUCGUAAAUAGAAAAUAUAAAUGUUUCAAAAGGUUCCAGAGAUAAUUUGCUACCAAAGUAACCCCCUAACAACUAAAAAACAUUAUAAUUAUAAUCAAAAAACAAGUUUUUUUUAGUUAGUGUAAAGUUUGCUAAACUGCAAUGAGUGAGUUUUGGAAUGGAAUGCCUCAAUUGUAUGUACUGUAUAUGUAAAGGUUUUUAUUGAUUUGUAUAAAGUGUAGAAUGUUGUUAGGUAUAAAUAAAUAAUGAAAUGUAAAUAUAGUAAUAAAAAGUUGAA